GGCAGCAUGUCGGUGAACCGGGUCCACACCACAGACACGGACCAGUCAGCUGACUACUCCGUGGACUACUCGGUGCCGGUUCCCGGUGAGCCCUCCGGGGCUCGGACCCGGGGGGUGACCGUCCUUCAUUCCGGCUGCCUGCCGCGCUCCGUGCGCCUCAGCUUCACCCCGGACUCCCUGGAGAGACUCUACCAGAACUACUUCCGGCGGCAGCGGGAGGAGAACCUGCCGGUCCUGGCCGUGUUCGCGGCUCUGUUCAACGGCUUCAUCAUCGUCAUGUGCGCGGUGGUGUUCACGCACGAGCAGCGCGCCAUGGUGGCGGUGGCGGCGGUCGCGCUGGCGGCGGACGCGGCGCUGUACGCGCUGUGCCGCCUGCAGAAGCUGCCGUCUUCCCCGGUGUCGCGCGGCGCGGUCCCGUACGUGCUGUGGCUGAUGGUGAGCGUGCACGUGUUGUGCUACAUGGGGCUGAACUUUGAGCGCUCCCCUCAUGCCAGCGACUCUGUAGGCUGGCAGGCCUUCUUCAGCUUCUGCAGCUUCCUGACGCUGCCGCUGAACGUGGCCGCGCUGCUGCUGCUCACCGCGCUGUCCUGCGGGAUCCACACGCUGGUUCUGGGCGUCACGGUGACGCAGCGGGUCCAGGACGGUCCGAUGCUGGUCAGACAGCUUCUGGCCAACAUCAUGCUCUACCUGUGUUCAGCUGCAGUAGGAGUGAUCUUCUACUACAUGGCCGACAGGAAGUACAGGGCGGCCUUCCUGGAAGCUCGACAGUCUCUGGAGGUCAAACUGACUCUGGAGGAACAGAGCACCCAGCAGGAGCAGCUUCUGCUGUCCAUUCUUCCCAAACACAUCGCUGAUGAGAUGCUUCAGGGGAUGAAGAACCAGGAGGACCAGAAGGAGGUCCAGCAGCAGCAGUUCAACACCAUGUACAUGUACCGCCACGAGAACGUCAGCAUCCUGUUUGCAGACAUCGUGGGCUUCACCCAGCUGUCUUCGGCCUGCAGCGCUCAGGAACUGGUCAAGCUGCUGAAUGAACUGUUUGCUCGCUUCGAUAAACUGGCAGCGCAACACCACCAGCUGAGGAUUAAGAUCCUGGGCGACUGUUAUUACUGCAUCUGUGGCCUUCCAGACUUCAGAGAAGAUCACGCCGCCUGUUCCAUCCUGAUGGGGCUGGCCAUGGUGGACGCCAUCUCGUAUGUCCGUGAAAAGACGAAGACGGAGGUGGACAUGCGAGUGGGCGUCCACAGCGGCACCGUCCUCGGAGGAGUCCUCGGACAGAAGCGAUGGCAGUUUGAUGUUUGGUCCACAGACGUCACCGUGGCCAACAAGAUGGAGUCUGGAGGGAUUCCAGGGAGAGUCCACGUCUCUCAGACCACCAAGGACAGUCUGCACGGAGAGUUUGAGCUGGAGCCCGGAAACGGAGGAGAGCGAUGUGAAUACCUGCUGGAGAAAGGCAUCGAAACGUACCUGGUCCAGGUUCCUAAGCAGCCGGCCAAGGGGCUCAACGGGAACACACCGGCCACACUGACCAACAGGAACUCAAACCAGCUGAUCAACACCUCAGUAACCAACGGGAACACAGCAGCGUCUCACCAGUCCACGCCCACCGAGGCUAGACAGGAAAGGAAUAAGAUGGUGGAAGAACAAGCGAUCAACAGACGACUGCAGCAGGAACUCCUGGAGAGAGAAAGCCAGCAGAUAAUGAAGGAUCACCAGAUCAACGCGGUCUCGCUGCGUUUCGUGGACGUGAAGCUGGAGGAACUUUACUCCUCAGAGAAGGAGAAACGAAGCGGAGCUGCUUUCUGCUGCUGCAUCGUCGUGCUCUUCUUCAUCACAGCCAUGGAGGUCUUCAUCGACCCGCUGCUGGUUGUGAACUACGUCACUCUGGCAGUUGGUCAGAUUCUACUGCUCAUCCUCACCGUUUGCUCACUGGCGGCCGUCUUCCCUCGAAUGUUCUCCAAGAGGUUGGUUUCGUUCUCCAUGUGGAUCGAUCGAACCCGCUGGGCGAGAAACAUCUGGGCCAUGGCGGCCAUCUUUGUUCUGACCAUGGCUGUGAUCGCCGACAUGCUGAGCUGCGCCCCUCCGUCUCUGCGGCUCUCCAACAGAACCUCGGGUCCGACCCUGGAGUCCGUCAGUGAUCGCGGCUGUGCAGAGAACCCCAAACACUACAGCUUCAUGGCCGUGAUGUCGCUGGUGGCCACCGCCAUGUUGGUGCAGGUCAGUCACCUGAUCAAGCUGGGCCUCAUGGUGCUGGUCGUCACGGCAACCGGCGCCGUCAACAUCUACAGCUGGAGGGACAUUUACGACCUGUACGACUACAUCCGCUUCACCUCCAACAGAACGUCCACCGUUCCCUCCAAGUACCUGAUGACCAUGAUGAUCAUCGUCAUGAUGAUCUGCUUCUACGUCUUUGCUCGACACCUGGAGCGUCAGUCCAGGAAGCUGUUCCUGUGGAAGAUCGGCGUCCACGACCAGAAGGAGCGAGUGUGUGAGAUGCGACGCUGGAACGAAGCUCUGGUCACCAACAUGCUGCCGGAACACGUGGCCAAGCAUUUCCUGGGCUCCAAGAAGAGAGACGAGGAGCUCUACAGUCAGUCCUACGAGGAGAUCGGAGUGAUGUUUGCUUCCAUCCCAAACUUCUCUGACUUCUACACCGAGGAGAGCAUCAACAACGGAGGAAUCGAGUGUCUCCGGAUCCUCAACGAGAUCAUCUCUGACUUCGACAGCUUAUUAGACAGAGACGAGUUUCGAUGCAUCACGAAGAUCAAGACGAUAGGAAGCACCUACAUGGCGGCUUCAGGACUGACGCCAGAGAGCAACACCAACGGAUACAACAACCGCAAGCUGGAGGACCAGUCCCUAAUCGAACGCUGGCAGCACCUGGCCGACCUCGCAGACUUCGCCUUGGCCAUGAAAGUGAUGCUGAACAACCUCAACAAGCAGUCCUUCAACAACUUCAUGCUGAGAAUCGGUCUGAAUAAAGGAGGGGUUCUAGCCGGUGUGAUCGGAGCUCGUAAACCUCACUACGACAUCUGGGGCAACACGGUGAACGUGGCCAGCAGGAUGGAGUCGACCGGAGUGAUGGGGAACAUCCAGGUGGUGGAGGACUGCUACAACAUCCUGAAGGAGUACGGCUUCCGCUUCAUCCGGAGAGGGCCGAUAUUCGUCAAAGGAAAGGGGGAGCUGCUCACUUUUUUCAUGAAGGGCAAAGACAAACCCAGUAGAAACGCCGACCCAGUGACCACCGCCCUUCCACACCAAGUCGGGGAGCUUUCAUGACAGUUUUCUUCUUUUGAAAUGUCUUUAACACAGAGAUAGACUCAGCAGGAUGUCAGUUUUUGCUCCAUUUCUCACAUAUGGGGUGCGACCAAAAAGUUCAGCGACUGUGAGUGUAAAAAUGCAAAAAUAACUUCCAUUUCUGUAGAAGUAUUCUCCUGGUGCGGUGAUACUCUGCUCCCAGUGCUCCUACAAUGCUGGUAACACUUCCUGGAAAUUUUGUUCGGUAAAUUUGUUGAAUUUUUCCUAUAAACAACUGAUUUUAGGAACUUUUUUCAAAUUGAAUUGACUAUUUUGACUCAUCACAGUUGCACAUGUUGGACUUUUUGAUUACACCUCAUCUACAUUUUAUCGAUCUAGAUCUUUUUAUAGCUAAUUUAAGCUACAUGGACGUAGGCCAACACAACAACAUGCUACUGUACUAUUUUUGCAGCAGUGAAAUAACUUUUAAGAACAGAAACCUCUUUUGUAAAGUUGUAUAUACUUCAGGAAUAUCUCACAGAGCUCCUGUUUAUCAUUUUAAUUCACUGAGAUGUGGAAAAAAUAAGCGCAUCCAAUUCAAACUCUUGAUUCUUCUAAUAUAAUUGAGAAAACAAACUGAGAGACUUUACAGAAAAAUGUUAUGCACUCAAUAAAUGACAUAUAAACUGAUGAACACAAAGCCUUAUAUUUAGUGACGCAGAUUUUGAACAAAUUCGUCCAGAACUGGCUGCAAAGCAAAUUAGCUUAAGAACAAACAUGCUAAACGUGCAAUCAGAAAGAAGCGUGUGAGGAAAAAGCAUUUACUGGUGAUCAUACAAACAAAGAGCAGGUGUUUUGGAAUCAUUUUCUGGACAGAUGAAUCGAACAUCGAGCUGUUUGUCCACAGAAACAAGUUUGGCAGGUUUUCAGGAGAAGAAGCUCACAGCAGCUGUGAAACAUGAUGAUGGAAAUGUUCAGGUUUGUUGCACUCACGCUAGAUUAAUUCUGCAUCAAAAAGAGCUUGACAGUUAAUACCUAAAACACCUUUACCUGUAUCAGAGGGUCAACUGUUUAUCAGAUAAACCAACAUUUUCCAUUGAUGUACUCGUUUUUUCACAUGUAAAUUACACGUUUGGACCAGACAAUAAACUACUCUCUCUGUUGUUUCACUUUGAGCUCAGGUUUGUAAAAUAAUGUAGUUUAAUCACUUUGUACUGAUGCUGUGUUAAUAAAACAUGUUUGCACUACA